UUUCCUGACUGGUAUGCGUUAUCUUGGCAGAGCUCCUGAUUACAGAGCAUGACUACUAGACUUGUGGAUGGGGUUUUAGUUGUGAAUGAUAUGUUUUAUAUAAGCAGUAAAUCUGGAUGUUGUAACUGUGAGCAUAUGGACUUUGUGUGGACAUUGUAGCUCUGUGUCUCCAUGAGCAGUACAGUGGACUGUUACAGAGUGUGAGGGGAAGAGGUUGUCUUUGUUCUCGGUCACAGAAUCAGGGUGGAGUGCCGUUUCCUCCCUGUGUUUCCAGCCACCCCCCCACCCCCAGCCCCCAUCCAUAACUCCUGGACUUUUUCUCUUUGUAGCUCUUUUUUUGAAGGCUUUACUCUCAUUCCAAGUUCGGAGUCGCACACAGCUGUAGUGUCUCCGCACACCAGACCUCCUCUCACUACAAUUGAAACAAUGGCAUGUUGUGUUUUUGAUCACAACUCUCAUGAAUGUGAUAAUUAAGUAGGAUGGACUUAACUUUUUGUCAUUUUUAGGGGUGUUUUUUUUGUGUCAUUGGAGCGAUAUGUUUUAAUCGGGCAAUACAGCGUGAUGUACCGUUGAAAGGAUAUGGUCAGUCACCUUUUUCAAAUGGAUGACUACUGCAUGGGCUGAGUCUUCUGCGAUCGUCAUCUCUGCAGUGCUCUGGAGUGUGCAGGCCUGGCACAGCUAGCUCUUAUCCUGCUUCACUGGCUUCAGCUGAGCCACUGUGUCAGAGGCUCUUCUGACAGAGCAGUCUGCUGUGUGAAACCCUCAGUUCUGGAUCACAGGGAAGCUGCCUUAAGCAAUGCUUAAUCUGGAUGUUAUGGCAGCUGCUCUGAAUCCGCAGAUUUCUACCUCGCCAAUUUAAGAUGGAUUUUCAUGGUGGGGACUUGUUCUUUGAACCUGGACCAUCUUUGCUCUAGUUUGGAGCAACUCUCUGCAACUAGUCCGUCUGGCGUUUUCUUUCUCAGAUAUUGACGGUUUGGACAUAGAAGACUAUUUGUUUUGGGAUUGCUGAAUGCUCCCGACUUCUCCAUGGCAUGCUGUUUCAAGUCCCGCCACCAUGGAAGCUGGACUCUCAGCACCUCUCUUCCAGAUGAUGAAGCUGAGCAGCACCACAGCACAAUGGUGGGAGAGGGGGGCAGCAUGGGAGACAGCACCCCGAACCCGAAACGCAAGGGCAAGCUGUCGACCCUUGGCAAGAUCUUCAAGCCAUGGAAGUGGAGGAAGAAGAAAAGCAGUGACAAGUUCCAGGAAACUUCAGAGGAACUGGAAAGGAAGAUGUCGACGAGGCGUACGAGGCAGGAGCUCAUAGAGCAGGGAGUGUUGAAGGAGGUCCCGGACAACGAUGCAAAUGUAGAAACACAGAACCUGAAGCAGCCCUAUGUGAAGAACGGCCACACUCUGCCGGUGAGCGCUGGAGGAGGUGGAGUGGGCGUCGGCGGAGGCAGGAGCCCGUGCAACCAAGGCAAGCUCCCAUCAGAAUCGGACUUUAGGAUAAACCCGGCCUGGCUGUCUCAACCAGACGACCGCCGGGGCCGCUCACCUUCGGACGGAGAACGCCGGGGGGCUCCUGGCUCUAGGGGCACUGGACUGCAUGAGGACAUGCGUAGAGGGGGUGGGGUAGGGGUACGUGCACACGGAGAGGGAGACUGGAAGCCUAAUAUGGCCUGGCAGGGACAGAUUCACGGGCAGAUGGACGAGGGCAGACGCGGUGGCCGGCUUCAUCCAGAUGAUGGGCAGAAGAGGCCUGGUCUGAAGAAGGCCCCAUCAGAGGACGGCAGGAGGAGUCGGGCUGCAGAAGUGGACUGGAAACCCACACUCCCCCGACAUGCGUCUGCUGAGGAGGGACGGGCCCGCAGAGAGUCAGAAAGCCAUUUCAUCCCUGACCCGGAAGCCUUACGGGACACACUACGUGAACCUCUGCCUCCAAAACAGUCCGUCAUGCCCCCUAAAUGGCUGAUUAGCCCCGCCCCUGAACCCGGCAACGAGGGUCUGCCGCGCACUCCGUCCAACCACACAUCGGCGCAGUAUUCUUCUCCCUCUGUCCCGACGGUGACAGUGUCCAAACCUGUCCGGUCCGUCUCCUCUGCGGGUGCGUCCACCCAGCAGUGUUCGUCUAUAGUCCCCACCUCCACCUCUCAGGCCACCAAGCAGCCUCCUCUGCCUCCACCCAAACCUGUGAACAGGAGCAACGCUGCAAUGCUUGUCUCCGCCCUGCAGGGGGGAGAGAACGCUCAGCUUCCACUCUACUGGUCCUGCUGGAAGCGCGAGUGCGACUAUGAUGUCUACCUGUCCCUGCCCGUCUACCUGUGUCGGCGGGCUGGAGGCCUGCGCUCAGGUGAUUUCACCCAAGCCACAGGAGGUGCCAGUCUCGUGCCAGCCAAGCCUUCUCCACCGAUGCCUCCUAAGAGGACGACCCCCGUCACCAAACGCAACACAGAGGACACCAUUGCUGCAAGUCAUCCCAUCAACCCCUCCCCACUUUCACUGGAGGACCACACUAACCUUCCUCUAGGCUUUCAGCUGCCUCCCCCUCCUCCUUCCCCUCCUCUGCCUACUCACAUUCCACCCUCUCCGCCUCGCCAACACAUACACACCCACCACCUCCAUCAUCAGCACUCCUACCCCCACCCUCUGCCUCAACCCAUUCCCAUGUUGUUUGACCCACCAAGCCCGACCAAUGACUCCCCCCAACGCCCGGCUCCUGUUCCGUUGCAUAUCAUGAUCCAGCGGGCCCUUUCCAGUCCUGGUCCUGCACAGCCACAUCCAGAUGGAUCACAACGUGCACACGCUCUGCUUUUUGAAACCCCAUCGGAGUACCAAGGAGAUCGAGGUCGUCCACUACCUGUCAGCAUCCAGCCGCUGAAGCUAUCUGAGGACGAUUACUCAGAGGAGGAGGAGGAUGAUGAGGAAGAGGAGGAGUACGAUGGCGAGAUACCCCAACCAGAGCUGGAGCCGAGGACUCGCCGGUGCUUGGUUGGGGAUGCAGGUGUUUGUGUAAUCCCAGGGGGAAAUAACAGUGAGGAAGAGGAGGAGGAGGAAGACGAGGAAGAGGAUGAGGAAGAAGAGCAUGGCAUGGGUUGUGAGGACAGCGACUCUGAUGGUCCUGUGCUUUAUAAAGAUGAAGACUCCGAUGAGGAUGAAGAAGAUGAGCCCCCACCUAGUGCCCUUGCCAGCCGGGUCAAGAGGAAGGACACACUAGCUCUGAAACUAAGCAGCCGGCCCUCUGCCCCAGACAGGGACAGGUUUACCCAGGACAGGCUCCAGAGAGAAGACCAGCCUCCAGGGCAGACCGGCCUGACCUGGCAGAGCCGGGAGCAGUGGGAGGCCAUCCGCACACAGAUCGGCACAGCGCUCACAAGACGACUUAGCCAGAGGCCCACUGUUGAGGAGCUUGAGCAAAGAAACAUCCUUCAGCCCAAAAAUCAGGCUGACAGACAAGCUGAGGUUAGAGAAAUAAAACGACGGCUGACAAGGAAGCUGAGUCAAAGACCCACAGUCGCAGAACUCCAGGCGAGAAAAAUCCUGCGAUUCCACGAGUAUGUAGAAGUCACAGAUGCCCAAGACUAUGAUCGCAGAGCAGACAAGCCAUGGACCAAGCUGACUCCUGCAGACAAGGCGGCCAUCCGGAAAGAGCUCAAUGACUAUAAAAGCACUGAAAUGGAGGUUCAUGAAGAGAGCAGAAUCUAUACGAGGUUUCAUCGGCCUUAACGACCCCUCUCUUACUGGACACCGAAGCACUUAGGAUUCCUGUGGCAAGGUUCUGGCCUUUAUACAGGCAGAUUUAAUUUUUCCUGAAUGUACUGUACAGAUUAUCAGGGAAAGCCUGGAACUGACUGAAAAACAAGAAUGCUUCUCGCUCCCUCCAUCGACCUCUCACUACAUUGCUUUCACCAAACUGAGGAGAAGGAGGAGGUGGUGGUGGUGGUGGUGGUGGGUAAGGACCAGAUGCAGUAUUCCUCCCGGACACCAGGGGGAACCACGUGCCAAUGAAGUGUAGAAGUGGCAGAGGACCUACAGGGCUUACUCUCACUCUGCUGUUAUGUGGUACCCCUCAGGGACUUGGAUCUACUUACAACCUUUAAUGCGGCCUCAUUCUGUGUUGCCUUUUUUCUUCUUAACUGUACAUGGAAAAUGCUAACUCAUCCUGUUAAUGUAAAAACAUACAAUAGUAAUAAUGACAGUGACUUAUAAUACUCCACACAAUAAUAAUAGAUGAUAGAAACAAACUGGUGCAGCGAGAACGGACUGGAGGAUGAAGACUGGGAUUAUAGGACUGGACAUCUCUGGGAUAUUGUGUUUGUUUUAUAUAAUUGUGUACAGACUGCAAUUGUGAUACUUAAGAAUGACACUUGGAGAGAUCUAAUUAAAAAAUAUUCUGUAAUGCACAAGAUAUUUCAUAUUGUAAUUUUGAUCACGUUAGUAGUAACAGCUUUUAUUUGAGCCUUUUUAAUUUGGCUUGCCUGUAUUUAUUGGUUGUGAUGUGAGGUGGCUAUUUAAGCAUCAAACUAGAUAUAAAAAAAGGGUGGAGGUCAGGAGGCUGUGUUUGUAUGUGUGCCAACAUACCUGUUGCCUAAAGGACUAUAGGAUACUGGUUUCCAUAUCACUGAUUCUGCAAUCCACUGCAUGAGCCAACACAGAAUCCAGUGCCAUUGGAUCUGGAUAAUCUCUCUUCAUUUAUACUUUUUUUAUGAGUUUUUGUACUUCCCUUUAAAGAUCCAACAUGCAAUGCAUUCUGUAGCCAUUCUAAAAUAAGGUCAAGCUAUUAGUGUCUAUACUAAGAGUUAAAUGUAAGUUGCUGUGAGUGUAGAUCAGGGAUUUAUCAAAAAUCAAAAAAAUGUGUAAACGGUUAACAGGGAGUCACUUUGGCUGGAACAUUUUGAAACUGCAGAUGUAUUUUAUCUCGUAUUGUUGUCUGGCCAGUAGCUUACAGGGUUCUCUUCGCUGUGUACAGGUUGAUAUAGGUUUAACUGAUGCUUGUGUAUAUCUUGUCUUCCUUUCAUUUGAAAAGAAAUUUUAAAUAUAAAAGUAUUAUAGGUUGCUAUUUUUUUAAGCACAGAAUUUUAGUUUAUGAUUAAUACUACAAGAAUGGGAAUAUGGAAGUAUACCUUUUCUGUAAAACUAAGUUCAUUUCUAAAUGAAUGUGGAAUUGUAUGGACCGACAGUUUUCUUUUUAAUUGUAAAUAGUUACAUCCGAAUCUAAUUAAAAAUCUUACAAUUCCUUCA